AUGAACGUGUUCCGGGACCUGGCGUCGCCCGAGGCCUCGGUGCGGGAGGCCGCGGCGGAGGCGCUGGUGGCGGAGCUCCGCGAGGUGCAGAGCGCGUACGAGGAGAGCAAGCGCGACGAGGACGAGGACGACGAAGCUGCGGAAGGCGACGCUCCUCCGCAGAUGGAGGCUGAGAAGGAGGAUGGGCUGGAUAACUGCGCCCCCGCCGUGCGGUACGCCAUCCGGCGGCUCAUCCGUGGUAUCUCCUCUUCCAGAGAGUUUGCGAGGCAAGGAUUCGCGCUGGGUCUCGCGGCUGUGCUCGAAUCGGUUGAAGCAAUCAGUGUUGAGGCAGUUAUCAAGCUGAUACCUAAUUUGCUGGAGUAUUCGGCUUCGAUGAAAGGACCGGAAGCCAAGGACAAUCUUCUGGGGCGCCUGUUUGGAUUCGGAUCACUCGCGAGGUCUGGGAGGGUUUCAGGACAGUGGGCGCAGGACAAAUCUUCUCCCAUUCUCAAGGAUUUUGUUUCCGAGGUUGUGCAACUUGGAAGUAAGAAACGCUAUCUCACCGAGCCUGCAGCUGCGCUGAUUCUGGAUUUGGCCAGGAAGCUGCCAGAUGAAGCUAUAUUCUCUGAGGUUCUUGAAUCCCCUGGUGUACAAGAUUGGUUUAACAGAGCUGCUAAUGUUGGAGAUCCAGAUGCGCUCUUUCUGGCUUUGAAGUUGCAAGAAAGAACUAAUGUUCAGAGGGAGAUGUUUGGCAAGCUUCUGCCAUAUCCAUUCAGUCCUGACAAUUUUUUCACGCAAGAGCAUCUUCUCUCCGUUGCUGCUUGUUUUAAGGAAUCUGCAUUUUGUCUUCCACGUAUCCAUAGUAUAUGGCAUGUGAUCACAGACAUGCUCAUCCAGGACGAAGCUUCUCAGAAUGAUAAUAACGCAAGUUCUGGUAAAAAGCACAAAAAAAGUAAGAAAAGCAGUUCCUCUGAGGAUUCAAAAAAGAACCUGCGGAAUUUCUGUGAGGUCAUUAUUGAGAGUUCGUUGCUGCUCUCAUCUCAUGACCGGAAGCAUCUGGCAUUUAAUAUUGUUAUUGAUCUCCUUCCAAGACUGUCGCCAUCAUCUAUACAAGUAAUUCUAUCCAGCAAAGUUGUUCUUGGUUUGAUGGAUAUUCUGUCAAAUUCUUCAUCGUGGUUGUACAAUGCUGGACAACAUUUUCUGAAAGAAUUAGUGAGCAUAGUAAGUAAUGAUAAUGAUCGCUGUGUUGCUGUCAUUAUCAACUUGCAGAAGUACAGCUGUGGAAGAUUUGACAGCCUGACAAAAACAAAAACUGUUAAAGGGUUGAUAGCCAAGUUCCACAAUGGUCAAGAUUGUUUGUAUCUUGUGCAGAAUUUGAUGGCACUCUUUGUGGACGAAGGUUCUGUUACAGAUGAACCAUCUGACCAAAGUCAGACAACUGAUGAGAAUUCAGAAGUUGGCUUAAUUGAAGAUAAGGAACUUAUUGGCGAAGGGAAUGCCGACCUUCUGAAGAGCUGGGUGGUGAAUACAAUUCCUUUCGUCUUGAAAAAUUUAAGGCUUAAGCCUGAUGAACACUCAGAUUCUGAAAUGGUCAAGUGUAUUGAAGAGAAGUUUCAAGUGCAGACUGAGAUACUGAAAUUCUUUGCAGUCCAAGGUCUAUUCUCAGCCUCCUUAGGAAAUGAGGUGACAUCAUUUGAGUUGCAAGAGAAGUUCAAAUGGCCAAAGGCAGCUAUAUCAACGUCACUUCGUAACGAGUGCAUUGAAAAACUUCAAUCAUUACUAGAAGAUGCACAAAAGGAUGAGGCUUUAGAUGUUGGUGGAGAUAUUAAGUCUAAUGACUUGGGCUUCUACUUCAUGCGUUUCAUUAACACCGUAUGCAAUAUUCCUUCAGUUUCCCUCUUCAGAACCUUGAGCAGCAAUGAUGAUAAUGCAUUCAAGAAAACACUGGCUACGGAAUCUGCACUUUUCCAAGAGGAAAGAAAAGCCGAGUCUGGAUUGGAUUCAACUAAAAUGCACGUGAUACGUUAUCUUCUUAUUCAGUUGGUGCUGCAACUUCUUCUCCAUCCAGAGGAGUAUUGGGAGGCUGCAAUUGAUGUUAUUAUAUGUUGCAAGAAAACAUUUCCUUCCAUUGCUCAGUGUGACAGUUCCAGUUUGCGAAAGCCUCUUGAGGACAGUGUAGAGGACUCAGAUGAGGAUGGGUCAGAGGAGCCUAAUGAGGAUGGGUCAUUAGAGUUUAUGGAUGUACUUGUGCAGACUUUUCUCUCUCUUCUGCCUCAUGUAUCUGGCCCUGUGUGUUUCACCAUUGAACAGGUUUUCCGUGUGUUCUCGGACGAGAUCACAGAAACAGGACUCCUUGAUAUGUUGAGAGUUGUAAAGAUAGAUAUGAAGGGCUCUCGUCGUCAAACAGAUAGCGAUGAUGAUGAAGAUGACCCUCGUGUUGGUAUCGAAGAUGAUGAUGAUGAUGAAAUGGAAGAUGCAGAUGUCGGGAAUGUUGAUGACGCUACAGAUGAAUUGGAUGAGGAAAUGGAUGAUGAUUCAGCUGAUGAAGUAGAUCAGGAUCAGGAUGGUUCGGAAAAAACAGUUGACAAUAAAGCAAAAGAUGGAGAUGAUACAGAAGCUGCCAAAGGUGGGGAAGAUUCAGAUGAUUCAGAUGGUAUGGACGAUGAUGCUAUGUUCCGUAUUGAUCCUUACAUUGCGAGGAUUUUCAAGGAGCGCAACAACCUUCCUGGUAGUGAAACUCAGCAAUCUCAACUUAUGCGUUUCAAGCUUCGCGUGCUUACUUUACUGGAGAUAUAUCUUCAGAGGAACCCAGGGAAAAACCUGGUCCUGGAGGUGUAUGCUUUCUUAAUGCAAGCUUUUGUGAAAUCACAUAGCUCUGAUGGCAGUGAGCAGUUCAGGCAACGUAUUGGUGGCAUAUUGCAGAAAAGGAUAUUCAAAGCAAAAGAGUGUCCAAAAGGCAGUGAUGUUGAACUUAGUAGGCUUGAAAUUUUGUUACAGAAGGCUCUACAUUUGGCAUCGCGGUCACGGCACAAGGCAGUUGCUUCCGCAGCCCAAAAUGCUACAUUUUGGAUCCUGAAGAUCAUCAAUUCGAAGAGCUGCUCCAAGCAGGAACUCGCAAGCGUGGUUGAGAAGUUCCAUUACAUGCUGACUGACUACUUCAACAACAAGAAAUCACGGCUGCAGAUCUGGUUCGUGAAGGAGGUCGUCCGCAGGAACCCCUGGUUAGGUCGGGAACUAUUCGGCUUUGCUCUGCAGAAGGUCGGGAGCGCGAAAGCUGAGUAUCGUAGAGUUCAAACAUUAGAGUUGGUGGAUUGCAUAUUGAAAUCCUGGGUUGGCGAUGAUGUCUCGAGUGCAUCAAAGGUUCUGAAGAAGAAUCUGGCUCUGCUGUGCGAGUUGAUGCAGGAGAUUCUUACGAAGAUGCCCGAAAACAAGUCUCGUCGCCAGGAAGUGCGGAGAUUUUGCACGCGAGCUUUGCAAACCGUGACGAAGCUCAAUUUGAAGGAGAAGUUUCAGAAGAAACUGAGUUCGGAAGCGUACUCCCUGUGCGAGGCACAACUGGGAGCUGCUUUCGUUCCCUUCAAAGAGUGAUAUAUGUGAAUCCGUUCCUGAAGCUGUUAAACCCGCUAGAAAUGCUUUGAGCUGGACUAAUUUUGCUUGUAAUCUCAGCUCCAUGGUGUAGGUUCAGUUAAGUUAAACCGUAUUUUUUUUGCCUUGACAAUACCAGGAACAGAUAAGAGUAGUUAGCUUGAGUGUACAACGGUUGUAUGAAUGGCUGCGAAUCGUCCAGCGAAUAUAUUUUUUUGCAACGCUUUCUAAUAGCAAUUUGUCUAUUUGUUGCUGUGUCCA